AUGGCUGCUACUAGAAGACUUCAAAAGGAGCUAAACGACAUCAGACAAUCGGGAUUAAAGUCUUUUAGAGAUAUUCAAGUCGAUGAAUCCAAUAUUCUUACAUGGCAAGGCCUGAUUGUUCCUGACAAUCCUCCAUAUAAUAAGGGUGCAUUUCGUAUUGAAAUUAACUUCCCAGCAGAAUAUCCAUUUAAGCCACCUAAAAUAAGUUUCAAGACAAAAAUUUAUCAUCCUAACAUUGAUGAGAAAGGCCAGGUGUGUCUACCAAUUAUAAGUGCUGAAAAUUGGAAACCAGCUACUAAGACUGACCAAGUAAUUCAAGCCCUAGUUGCACUUGUUAAUGAUCCAGAGCCAGAACAUCCUUUACGUGCCGAGCUUGCCGAAGAAUUCUUGAAGGAUAGGAAAAAGUUCACAAAAAAUGCAGAGGAAUUUACUAAGAAACAUAGUGAAAAACGGCCAUCUGAU